AUGAUGCAGGAGCAAGCAAAGAUUGAAGAGUUACGGGGUUAUACAAGCAAACCUAUGUAUUCAGUAUGGUGUGGAUCAGAGAAUGAACAAAGAGCCGUUUUUGUUGAUGAAGUCAAGUGUGUUGGUUGCUUAAAAUGUGCCUUAUUUGCAGAAAAGACAUUUGCUGUUGAAUCCAUUUAUGGAAGAGCAAGGGUUGUUGCUCAAUGGGCUGAUACUGAAGACAAAAUCGAAGAGGCCAUAGAAGCAUGUCCAGUUGAUUGCAUCUCCAUUGUGGAGAGGUCCAACUUGGCAGCCUUGGAAUUCUUAAUGUCCAAGCAGCCACGUGGCAAUGUCAGAAUUGGUGCGGGUAACACAGUGGGUACUCGUGUCUCAAACAUCUUCGUCGACGUGGAGAAAUUUCAGGCAAGGUUUAAGGAAGCAAAUGAUAAAGUUUCUAAAAACCAUUCCAAGGAAUCAGACAUCCAAAGAGAAGCAAGAAUUUCUGCUAUUCAAGCGGUCAGAUCAAUCUCAAAUUGGUUGUACUGGAAAUCACCCAAUGCAGGAGGAUCUAUGUCACAUAUUCACCAAAAAUUGAUACCAAUAACCCGAAGGUCCACUGAACCAAAUAUCAACAAGCUUCGAGGUGCUGCUGCUGCUAGAAAACAAGCAAGAGAGACUGGAAAGCCUAUUCGCAAAGUCUCAUUGAAUUAUAUUUACAAGGAUGAGUAUUGGACUCCAUCAACUCUUGUCCUUCCAGAGGCAACCAAGAACAGUCCUACCUCUAGAGCAGCAUCUGAGCAAUCUCCUUCUACGGAAUUGAAGAAACUACACAAUAACAAUUUUGUGGAUCAAAAGAAGAGUCGGAGCAACCUCUUUGUACAAGGUGUUCCGCUGGGAGCAGCUAUAGUGGCAGCAGUUAUAGUUCGGUUACAGGUGGGAGAAGGGGUGGCUGGUGGAUUAGAAGAGCAUUUGGGAGGUUCUUUAGUAUUGGACAUUGUUAAUAGCUCCUGGUUACAAGUUAGCCUAGCAGGUGUUACAUGGUAUCUCAUUGGAAUGGCUAUAAUAGAACUACUAGAGAGCCUUAAAAUUAAGUUAGGAAUGUAUAAGAAAUAGGGAGGUCACUUAACACAUUGGUUAAUAUGUAGCUGAUCUGAAAGUACAAAUUGCAAACAUGUAAUUUUAUCAAUGUUAUACUUGCUGUAUAGAGGGCUGCCUUGAACAUGAACCUUUUUUGCCAUUUCCAAUUUCGGAAGGGAU